UCCGCUGCAGUCGCAGAAUGAGGCGUUUUGAGCUCUGAUUGGUGUUGGUCACGUGACGUCACUUUUCCGCUAUCUCCAUUUCUAGUGAAUUCAAAAUGGCGGAUUAGCAACAAACGAACGGUUUCAUUUUUGCAACGCAAGAACUGUAAAGUUGACAUGGCAGACAAAAAAGGGAAAUCUGUGGGGGUGAAGAGGACACUAACAAAAAAAGAGCAAGAGGAAAUGAAGAAAAAGGAGGAGGAGAAAGCUGCUGAAGUCUUUGAGGAAUUUAUAGCUUCUUUUGACACUAAUGAAAAAAGUGGAGUGAAGACGUUUGUACGAGGAGGCAUAGUAAAUGCAACUAAAGAGGAAGAAGCCGCCGAAGUGAAGAAGAGCAAACUCUACAGACCCGCCUCUAAAUUCACUUCUCCACCUCAGAAUGCCUCACCUGUUCAAUCUGCAGAAGUUAAAAAAACUGCCAUUAAAAAGAAAGUGGAGGAGAAGAAGAAGAGUAAUCUGGAGCUUUUUAAAGAGGAAUUAAAACAAAUACAGGAGGAAAGAGAGGAAAGAUACAAAAAGAAGAAAGGUGACUCUGGAGGAGUCAACCCAGAUCUGGAUUUACCCCCGACACGACGAUCAAUAUUUGAUGAUGAUCCUGUGGUGCCAAACACAACAAACCUGUACAUCGGCUGCAUCAACCCCAAGAUGACAGAGGAGAUGCUGUGUAAGGAGUUUGGGAAAUACGGUCCUCUGGCCAGUGUGAAGAUCAUGUGGCCACGCACUGAAGAAGAGAGAACAAGAGUCACCAACCGCGGUUUUGUUGCUUUCAUGACACGGAAAGAUGCAGAGCGUGCUCUGGCCGCACUGGAUGGUAAAACAGUAAUGGGUUUUGAAAUGAAGCUAGGUUGGGGGAAGGCAGUACGUAUUCCUCCGCAACCGCUGUACACCCCCAUCGGGGUUCUGAAGACCACUGCCCCCCCUCCACCUUCUGGACUGCCAUUCAACGCCCAACCCAGAGACCGCUUCAGAAAUGACUUCACCAAACCACGCAGCCGCUCACAGGAAGACAUUUACAAGACUCUGUCCGAGGCCGUAGUGACAGUGGUAAUCCCCACAGAAAGGAACCUGCUGGGCUUGAUACACAGAAUGAUUGAGUUUGUGGUUAGAGAGGGACCCAUGUUUGAGGCCAUCAUCAUGAGCCGGGAAAAGAACAACCCUGACUUCAGGUAUGUGAGGACCAAGAAUGACUCAGACACUGAGGUGAAAUCAAGGUAA